GAAAAGGAGACGGCAGUUCGGGUAGGUUUGAACGCAGCUCGAUCGCCGGCUCUUACUCCUUUCUCCCAUCUUAAAUCGCUGACAAUUUCCGUAAGCCUGAACGAGAGCCCGGCCUGUUAAUGCCUGUUCGCCGAUGGGCGACCUCUCUGCUCGUGCUCGCCACGGCCGCCGCUGGUGUGGCCGUCUCGCGGCCGUCCUCUGCCUCUGCGCGACGAUCUGCAGCAAGCCAGGUCAGGGGCACGCUCACCAUCGAUCACCCCAUCCCAGCGCAUCCACACCAAACAAGGAGCGCGACGACACGCACGUCGUCCAAAUGAAUCCUAGCUACAUGGCCGCAGAUGAGGCCCCGGUGGAUCCCCUGCCGGCGGGCCAGCUGCUGCCGGCGCGGUCGCUGCAGUGCUUCGAGGACGGCCAGGUGUACAGCUGCUGCGAGGGCGCGUACAGGCUGAACCCGUCGGGGAUCCUCGCCGUGCCCGCCGGGGCGGUCGACGGCUACUGCGGCGGCGCGUGCGUGGUGGAGACGGAGGACGUGCUCAACUGCGUCGCCAGCGCGCUGGACGGCUUCGCGUUCUACAACGGCGCCUCCGUGGAGGACGUCCGCUACGCCCUCAGGCGGGGCUGUAGCCACACCGUCAGGAGAGGUGACUUCAACGAUUUGGAGCCGCACCUGGGCGACUACCCGGACAUCUACGGCAACGACGAAGACAGCGGUGGCAGCAAGGUUGUUAAAGCUCCUUUGAAGCUGCUCGCGUUUCUCGGCGGUGCCUGGCUGUUCCUCCGUGGUCACUGAAGAUGCAAAAGCGUUGCUUGUUAGCAGCACCAGAUUUAGUUUAGGCCAUUCUAUAAGAGAAGAGUACUAUUCAUUCACAAGUUAACGUUUUUCAUAGUAAAGAAAUGGAAAAAAAAUUCUUCUUGGAAA